CACAAGGUGUAGUUAGGAAAGUUCUCAAGCGUUGAAAACUUCGAAUGAAUUAUUAAAAGGUUUUUUUACCCAUUUAACAUGUCUUAAUGACAUUAUUCUCCCAUAAUGAUGAUAGAGGAACUUAGAGCAACAUUCAUCUCCUUUUCGCUAAAAUCACCAAUGGCUACAUCGAAGAUUAUAAUGUCAAUCAUUCUGCUGCCAUGGCGAUACGUCAAUGCAGAAGUUUGCGAUGGCUUUUUCAAGAUGACGAAUUCCAUGCUACAGGGUCACGUGAUUGGGACAGUAACAACAACCGAGAAAGAUUGUCCAGUGAUUUGCAAACGCAACAGCGCUUGUUACUCGAUCAACUACAUCCGUAAAAAGUCGCAAUGUGAGUUGAAUGGCGAUACCCACUUUGCGUUCCCUGAAAAUUUCAUUUCUGGCAGAGCACCUGCCGCGUACUACGCUAUUGUGAAACCAGUGACCAAUUGCAGUAACAUGUUCUGUAGCAGCGGUAUGGCAUGCAAGAUGCAAGAAGGCGGAAAGACAUACAAGUGUGAAGAUUGUGUGCCAAGCGCUCUGGGUAUGGAAUCGGGCGCUAUAAGUGACUCUGCAAUCACUGCAUCGAGCUAUUGGAAUUCACUACCGCCUAAAAAUGGCCGCCUUAAUAACGCAACGGCCUGGGGGUCAGCAUCUCAGAGCCCUGGAGAGUACUUCCAAGUCGACCUGGGGCGUGUCAUAACUGUCACCAAAGUAGCCACUCAAGGAAACCGAAAUUUUGCGGAGUGGAUGACAAGCUACAAGAUCGGCUACAGCUCCGAUCUGUCUAUCUGGAAAGUGUACCGUGAGGGAGGCCAAGAAAAGGUGUUCCCCGGAAACACAGACAGGUACACUGUUGUCUACGGAGUGUUGGCACAGCCCGUGGUUACACGUGGUAUCCGGAUCAUCGCGGUAACUUUCGAAUGGCGGCCUGUUAUCAGGUUGGAGAUCUACGGAUGCAUGUGAACCCCCCUAAGUCCCCCCCACAACAUGAAGGGAUGCGCCACUAUCUAACUAAAUGCUCCCGAGAAUGGGGAAGGGAUGCGCCACUAUCUAACUAAAUGCUCCCGACAAUGGGGAAGGGGAGCGCCACUAUCUAACUAAAUGCUCCCGACAAUGGGGAAGGAAUGCGCCACUAUCUAACUAAAUGCUCCCUACAAUGGGGAAGGGGUGCGCCGCUAUCUGACUAAAUGCUCCCGACAAGGGGGAAGGGAUGCGCCACUAUCUAACUAAAUGCUCCCGACAAUGGGGAAGGGAUGCGCCACUAUCUAACUAAAUGCUCCCGACAAUGGGGAAGGGAUGCGCCACUAUCUAACUAAAUGCUCCCGACAAGGGGGAAGGGAUGCGCCACUAUCUAACUAAAUGCUCCCGACAAGGGGGAAGGGAUGCGCCACUAUCUAACUAAAUGCUCCCGACAAUGGGGAAGGGAUGCGCCACUAUCUAACUAAAUGCUCCCGACAAUGGGGAAGGGAUGCGCCACUAUCUAACUAAAUGCUCCCGACAAUGGGGAAGGGGAGCAGCUGCACUUUAUGCGUGUGAAUUUCAACUGUAAGUGAUGUAGGUGAACCCCCUCUUCCCCAUCCCCCAUGGGUAAAGAAUGCGCCAUUAUCUUAAUGCUCUCGAAAUACCCUUGUGAGGAAGGGGCAGCUGCACUUUAUGCGUGUGAAUUACAACUCUAAUUGAUGCAUCUUAACCUCACGGUGAUUCACACUACGACGUAUAUAGGGGGAGGUACACAACUACAACGGAUUUCACCAUUUUCAUAAUAACUAUAAAAAAAUUUAAAAGUCGCUCUAAUGGGCUAGAUUUAUUGUGUUGUUCAUAACAAAAUGUUAAUCUGAAUAAAAUUAUUGCACCAAA